AUGGCUACAACAUGCAUGAGUUUGUCUCCAGACGAACUAUUCCAAAUACAAAAACGCUUAUCUGACCCCUUUUUAGUGGUCCUUUCUGCGGCUACUUUAGAACGAGUCUUGCGCACAGCCGAUCAACUAGGCGGCCACUACCCCCAGCAUGGCCUAGAUAAGGUCAUUGGAAGUAUUGAUGCCCGUUUGGUCAGACAAACACUUCAAAUCAAAGAAAGACCAACAACUACUCGAUCACUUACUAUCCAACCAACUGCCAUUACUCUUCUUGAUCAUCAACUCAGCCUACCACUUGGCCUCCUAGCUUUAGCCACCAGUAUUCGCCAAGGCACAACCAUUACCGAAACUCAAAUUAAAACUAUCCUAGAUCUCGAUACUUCGUCACGACUAGUAGCACUAGCCCUUGUUUCUUUAUUUGAAGCAAUCAUUCAAACCGCCCAGGACCCUAAUUCACUCUGCUACAACGCUCUUCUCAACCUUCUAGCCCAUCCCAGUAGUGAACCAAAACUAAACGCUCUUUGGACCAUCCAAGCUCUCCCCAAACCCGCCGCUCUCCUAACCACUACCCUUGCCACUCUCAAAGAAGAUAGCAACCAACGCCUCCCCAACCCUAUUCUCACUCCAGGCCUUCUAGCUUUAACCGCCCUUCUUCUUUAUCGCAUGCCCCAUCUAACUAACCUACCUUCAGAUCUAGACCUAAUCAUCCAACGAACUCUAACUAAAUCCUCUAAUGAAAAUGUCCUUAAUGGCCUACUGAUUAUCUUUUGGGUCCUAACUCAAAAAGGCCUAACUACACACCUACCUUAUCUAGCCAUUCUAGUUAUCUUUUCCCGUAGUAUUCCCAUCAAACGGUCAGCCCGCGGCAUUCUAACCGAACAUCUUGGCCGCCAUCCUUCUCCACAAGCCCUCACCAUCAUGGAUGCUUUAGCUGCUCCCCAUCCUCCUACCCGCAAACUACUCUCUUUCUUCCAAGUCCCACUUUCUCUCCUCGCUAAUUAUGCCCACCUACCCAUCUCGGAAGGUCAUCCCAAGCGCAUCAAACUAGGCAUCGCCCUUUGGUCAGCCACCCAGUCCACCACCUGGGAACUCAACUGGUCCGAUCCUUUCAAUCGUAUAGCGUCCAUCCGCAUAGCUCUUCUCCCACCUACUGAGCGGCCAUCAUCUCUCCACCAUCUACCCACUACUAUCAUGGCCCAAUUAUCUCCAACACUUUUCAACCAAACAUCUAUUCACCAUUUGGAACUCCUUCGACUCGCAAUUAAGUUAAUUAGACAGCAAGGUCUUUCUUCACCCAACGCCCCACCUAUUCUUCUCCUAGCACUCAAGAAGAACCUUUUUGUCCGCUCAACUAUCAAAACUCUCCUCCAUCAUCACCAUGACACUAAAGAGCUACUCCCACUUCUCCGCCGAUUUAUCUCCGCACCCGCCUGCCGCCUAGCCCUUUCCCUACUCACUCACCAACCAAUUCCUACUCUUCCUCCCACUCAGACCAACAUCACCCAUCCCAAAGUAACUCCACUCCCUUCCCUCUUCGCCUUAACCAUCCACCAUCUUCUCCCACCCCAACCUCUCAAGCAAGCCCUUUUCGCCGCACUCAAACUCUACACCACCCAUUCUCUCCUCGGAGAUAUCGGUUCAUACUUCCGUCUCGAUGCCCUUAUCCUUCUCUCCCUACGCUACAUCCACCGCCGCCAAUUCUUCACCCGACUAACCCAGCACUGUCCCACUCUCCUCCAAGACCCACCCUACUCCCUUAUUCUCGCCAAACUCACUCCCCGCACUCUCAAACUAACUCCCACCGAGCAACACCAACUCACCCACUACCUCUUCCUCUUCGCCCAAGAUAAAUCCCGCCGCAUCGCCCUCUUCCUUUUUAACGUCCUUCUACCCACCCUCAAACUAUCAACCACCCUCAAACUAUCACCAACCAUUACUCCACUCAACCCAACAUCUUAUCCACUACCCCCCACUAACCAACUCAACUCC